AUGUUUAUUGAGUCCAUCGAUGCUUCAUCUUAUAUGAAGGAUGGAAAGAAGAUGUUUGAGCUACUUGGCAAUUUUGUAGAGCGCAUUGGAGAAGCAAAUGUUGUACAAGUAGUUACUGAUAGUGCCUCAGCAAAUGUGAUGGCAGGGAGAUUGUUAGAAGCAAAGCGACCACAAUUAAUAUGGUCUCCAUGUACUGCUCAUUGCUUAGAUUUGAUGUUGGAAGAUAUAUACAAGAUCUCCAAUGUUCGCAAAUCUUUGAAAAGAGGCAUGGAGAUUAGCAACUUCAUAUAUGUUUGUCCUGAAUUAUUAUACAUGAUGCAACGAUUUACUACCCAAAAGAAGUUAGUUAGACUAGCUAAGACUCGCUUUGCUACUACUUGCAUUACAUUAUCGAGUAUACAUCAUCAAAAGAACAAGUUAAGGAAGAUGUUUACUUCAGAUGAAUGGAAGGAUAGCAAAUGGAGUAAGGAGCAACAAGGAAGGCAAGUAGUUCAGACUAUUUUGUUGGCUAGUUUUUGGACUACAAUUGUGUUUGCUCUUAAAGUAUCUGGCUCAUUAGUCCGAGUUCUUAGAUUGGUUGAUGGCGAAAAGAAGCCACCUAUGGGAUAUAUUUAUGAGGCCAUGGAUAGAGCUAAAGAAGCUAUUGCUAAGUCGUUCAAUAAUAAUGAAGAAAAAUACAAGGACAUUUUCACCAUAAUUGAUAGAAGAUGGGAGCUUCAGUUGCAUCGUCCUCUACAUGCAGCGGGGUAUUAUUUAAACCCGUCAUUCUAUUAUUCGAAUCUUAACAUCCAAGAGGAUGAUGAAAUAGUUAACGGGCUCUACUCAUGCAUAACAAAAAUGGUUACUUCAUUAGACAUCCAAGACAAAAUACUUGCAGAACUAAGCAAGUAUAAGAGAGUUGAAGCAUUGUUUGGACAACCUUUAGCAAUCAGACAAAGAGACAAAAUAUCUACAAUGGAAUGGUGGGAUAAUUUUGGACAAUCAACUCCAAACUUGCAAAAGUUUGCUGUGAGAAUUUUAGGUCUUACUUGUAGUGCUUCUGGAUGCGAACGUAAUCGGAAUAUCAUCGACCCCAUCUCUUUAAGAGAUAUUGAUGAUACUAACGAAUGGUUGAUUGAAAGAUUGGAUGAUGAUUCUGAGGAGGAGGAUAAACUAGUAUUUGAUGAUGAUACUUUAACGUGGGGUGAUGUUUCAAGAGCUGCCAAAGCAAAAGAACCAACCUUCUAUUCUAGAGCUAGGGCCUCAGGAGCAAAGACUAAUGUUUCAUGUUCAUCCUCGUUUACCACACAACCCACACCCAAACAAAUAAAUUUGGAUGACUCCGAUCAGGAAGAAGAAGAUACCAAUGGCUAUAACUCCAACGAAGGAGUGAAUGAAGAUGAGGAUCAAUUUAGUGAUGAUGAGCUUGAUCUUUAG